UGAACCUGCCGGUGAAGGGCCCACAUCCAGGACUGAGGCUCUGGGAGAUGCUGAGGGUGUGUCUGCAGGGAGGACUUCUCAAGCUCCAGGGCUGGAUGCUUGGCCCCAACCCAGCUCCCAUGGCAGGGGUCCUCCGACAGGAGAAACCAAAGACAUGGCAGGCAAGAAAUUCCAGGACCCAUUAGUAAUCAUGUGGCAAAUGCUGAAGGAACGUCUGCAGAGAAGACAAGAAAUGAAAGGAGAGCCUGUGCAGAAGGAAGCAUUUCCCAGAGGAAGCAGUGGUUCUGUGCCAGCCUCUGCUGCAGGAAGGGAGGCCAUGCCAGGCACAGACACAGGAGAUGAGGUGUCUGGGAAGGCUUCUCCAUCAGCUUGGAUGAAUAAAGUUUUGAAGCCCUUGGAGCCUCCUGCAGAUGUAUCUACAGGGAGGACUUUUCCAGCUUCUCCAGCUCCUACCUUGGAUGCUAUACGCAAGCCCAGCUCCCAUCACAGUGGUACUCCAACAGGGAAAGUCCAAGAUACAACAGAUAAGAUGUCCCUGCAACCUUCCAAACAGAUGAGGCAAGAGCUGAAGGAACCCCUGCAGACAAGAGAAGAGAUGGACAUAAUGCUUCAGUGGAAGUUGGCAUUUCUUGAAGGAAGCACUCCAUCUUCGGUGCGAGCCCCAGCUGCAGGAAGGAAGGCAAUGCCAGACAUGGGCACAGGCACAGCAGACUGGGAGGCUGGGAAGGAUUCUUCAUUAGCCUGGCGCUCUGAAGUUGUGCAGCCCUCCGAGCAUUCUGCAGAUGUGUCUGCAGGGACGACUUCACCAACUCCUACCUUGGAUGCUGCACAAAAGCCCAGCUCCUAUGGCAGGGGUCCUACGACAGGAGAGACCAAAGACAUGGCCGGCAAGAAAUUCCAGGACCCAUUAGAAAUCAUGUGGCAAAUGCUGAAGGAAUGUCUGCAGAGAAGACAAGAAAUGAAAGGAGAGCCUGUGCAGAAGGAAGCAUUUCCCGGAGGAAGCAGUGGUUCCGUGCCAGCCUCUGCUGCAGGAAGGGAGGCCAUGCCAGGCACAGACACAGGAGACUGGAAUCGUGACAUGGGUUUUCAGGAAGUCCUGAUGAAGGAUGGUUUGAAGUUUCUGGAGGAUGCUGGAGGCAAGUUUUCAUUCUGCCUUUCCUGAGUGAAUAAUUAGGAUCAAUGCAACAAAAGCUCAUUUAUAAAGCAUUUCCCUUAACAUUAUGUAAGGGCUGAAGGAUUCUGAGAAUCUUUCCCUGCUCCCUUCUGGAUCCCUGAGGAAUCCCACUGGAUCGCUGUCAGUGGGAGGAAGGAGCAUUGAUCUUUCAGUCCUCCUCCCGUGUGCUGUGCCAGUGUGUCCUUCCGUGUGCUCUGUGCAGUCACAGAGAAGAGCAGAGAGGGAAGGGGCCGGGCCCAGGGCUGUGCCCCGGGGCUGAGCCUUGUGGGCAG